AUGUACCCACAACGCAAGCUUUCGUCCACUCCUCUUCCAGGAUUGGGGAUGAUGGAGCAGCUUGUGUGUGUGGAGCAGGAUUAUCUACUCUGGCCACAAGGGGGCAUCAGUGCUGCAGAGAUGGGCAGCUGCGGGCACUCCAGGGGAUUGAUUCCUUUAGUCAAGCCCUGGUCUGGAGGGGAGGAUGCCCAGCGCAUACAGUGCCCUCGUCAGAGAGCGGCAGGGGAUGGGUGGUGCCGCUCAGUGAGGCUCAGAGCAUGAACCUGCAGACAGGGAGAGAAAGGAGAUCAGUAUAACGGCAGCUUCAGAGCGGGGAGGAGCAGUGGAGAUCCCAGUGUAAAGCAAUACAGGGAGACUGCUGCUAUCGUAGGACUGGGACCCUCCCAGUUCUCCCAGGAUAAGGCGAGGGAGUGGAGAUCCCAGGCUCAGCCCAGAGGCUUUCCUAGACGACCCCGGCAGAUGGAGGAGCCCCCGGCGAGGCGGCCCGGGGCCGUGGGCUGCUGGCGAUGCUUCUGGGAGUUCUGGAACUACGAGACCCCCAAAGUCCUCGUGGUGAAGAACCGCAACCUCGGCAUCAUGUACAGAGGGGUGCAGCUGCUCAUCCUGCUCUACUUCAUCUGGUACGUGUUCAUCAUCCAGAAGGGCUACCAGGAGAGCGAGACGGGCCCCGAGAGCUCCGUGCUCACCAAGGUGAAGGGCGUCACCCGCUCACCCAGCAAGGUCUGGGACGUGGAGGAGUACGUCAAACCCGCCGAGGGCGGCAGCGUGUUCAGCAUCCUCACCCGGGUGGAAGUCACCCGCUCCCAGACAAUGGAGACCUGCCCGGAGAGCCUGGAGGUCCCUCACGCCACCUGCAGCUCCGACAGCGACUGUGUGGCUGGGGAGAUGGAGAUGCUGGGGAACGGAGAGAGGACGGGGCGCUGCGUCCCCUAUUACAGCGGGCCGGGGAAGACCUGCGAGGUCACCGCCUGGUGUCCAGUGGAAGACGGAGGAAUGGUCAGCGAGUCCCUGGGGAAGAUGGCCGCGCAGUUCACCAUCCUGAUCAAGAACAACAUCCACUUCCCCCGCUUCGGAUUCUCCAAAGGGAACGUGAAGGGCGAUAAGAACGGCUACCUCAAAGGCUGCACCUUCAACGAGACCACGGACCUGUACUGCCCCAUCUUCCGCCUGGGCUCCAUUGUGGAGCAGGCAGGAGAGAACUUCACCGCGCUGGCCGAACAGGGCGGCGUUAUCGGGGUGAUCAUAAACUGGAACUGUAACCUGGACCUGCCCGACUCCGCGUGCAACCCCAGCUAUUCCUUCCGCAGGCUGGAUCCCAAGAGAACUCAGGUGUCUUCUGGCUACAACUACAGGUUUGCCAAAUAUUACAACUGCAACGGGACGAACACGCGGAGCCUGAUCAAGGCCUAUGGGAUCCGCAUUGACGUUAUUGUGCAUGGCCAGGCAGGGAAGUUCAGCCUGAUCCCCACCAUCAUUAACCUGGCCACGGCGCUGACCUCGGUGGGAGUGGGCUCCUUCCUCUGCGACUGGAUCUUACUGACCUUCCUGAACAAGAACGACGUGUACAGCGCCCGGAAAUUCGAUCAGAUGCAGCCGCUUGGCACCUCGAGAGCCAGUGCCCAGAGACCAGGCCGGAUGGGCUCUCCCUGCCCCUGCUGGCUCUGGGCGUUCCUUGCGGGAGCCGGGCACAGCAGCCUGCCUGAUGAGCCACCCCACGGGCCUUCCCCUGGCCGUUCUCCACGCCCUGUGACCUGGGGUGGGGCCGUGGAGCGAGGCCCAGGCACUAACCGCCCCAUCUCUCCUCUGUCUGGCCAGGACAGGACCCCGGCGCCAGGCGGCAUUGGUAACGCCUGCACCACCCAGGCCUCCUCGCCGGCCCACCCCAAGGGCCCCGGCCAGCUCUGA